AUGCGACAUUCACCUAUACCAGCUCGUACAUUGCCCCCACCAUCUAGCUUUACCAGCAGAGAAGAACAAUCACCUAUUCGACGUGUCGAUCGGGUUGUUGGUCAUUCUGAUCAUUAUCAUCAUCACCAUCAACCACCACCACCUGCAGUGGGUAUGGAAAAAGGUCGUGUUUUGGAUGACCUAAUCACUAUUCUACGCACUCACCAUCGGCCACCUAUUCCUGCUCGUCUAAGCGAUCCACCUAUCGAAUCGUAG